AUGGCCUCCAGUGAGCCGCCGGGUGAUCCGCCGCCGUUCAACAAGAAAUCGGCACCGGCCGCUCCCACCACCAUAUGCGACGUCGGAGACGACCUCCUGUGCGAGGUAUUCCUCCGCCUGCCCUCCCUCCUGAGCCUCGUCCGUGCCGCCCUCGCCUGCCCCGCCUUCCUCCGAGCCGUCCGCUCGUCCCCCGCGUUCCGCCGUCGCUUCCGUGAACUUCACCCAGCCCCGCUCCUGGGCGUCUUCCUCGACAUCUACGGCCCCGCUAUGCCCGUCUUCGUGCCCGUCCGCCGGCGGUCCGACCCGGACCAAGCCGCCGCCGUCCGCGGCGCCGACGUCUUCCUCACCCAUGUCCCCGACGACGAAGGCGAAGGCGAAGGCGACGGGUGGGUGAUGACCGAGUGUCGCGGUGGGUACGUGGUUCUCUUCAAGCAGCGCACCAAGCGGGUGGCCGUGUACGACCCCCUCACACGGGGCCUGCAUCUCAUCCCCGCGCCGCCCGAAGAGGUGUCCAGAGACCCCGAAAGUGCACUUAUCGAGUUCCACGUGGUCACCUCCGAAGAGGACCGCCGGUCGUUCCAAGUCGUCUGCGUCUGCAUGGAAAGGGAGGAGGUGCAGGUCGCUGCCUUCUCUCCGGACAGCUCGGAGUGGCAGAUCUCCCCAGAAGCGGCGACCCCGCAGCUGUUCGGCGAUGGUACGCUAGUGAACGGGUGUGUCUACUGGGCAGACGGAGACAAUAUCCAUGUGCUCAACACUGCAACACUGCAAUUCUCCCGGAUCGAUUCGCCGCAUAUGGGAUGGCGACAGGAUGUCAAGCUUGGUGAGACCAGCGAUGGGCACCUCUGCUUGGCCGCAACUAUUGGUAACACCCUUGCUGCUUGGGUCCGGAGAACCGAUGAUGACGGUGUCGGCAAAUGGAUUCCGCGCACGAGAUUCCCUAUGCUGGAUGCGAUUUGUGAGUUGGAGCUACAGUUUGAAGAUGAAGGCACUAGAGUGAACGUGUUUGUUGACGUCGUGGCUAUCAUCGCUGGCACUGUAUAUUUGUUUACUUCCCGGGCAUCGGCUCCUGAUUAUUCUGGCUGGUUCCUAUCCUUCUGCAUUGAAACUGAGAUGCUGGAGAAGGUCUGCCCUAUCACUCUUUGUGAUCCUUGCUAUCCCUAUGUCACGGCGUGGCCUCCUGUUUUGGUUGGCAACAUAAGGUAAUUAAACGCUCUCGGCUGGAAGGGGCUUCACUAGUAAGAGCAACAGAAAAACUAGAACUUGGUCAUUUUAUCUGUACUCCGGAUACUAACCUUUUGUUAUCUGAUGA